AUGCAGCAACAAUCCAACGAAGGACUUCCACCCAAACCAAUGGGAGGGAGAAGAUUCCCUGAUCGUGAGCCGCAGAACGAGCGACUCAUGAUCCACAUCGCAGGCAUUCCUCCAAUGAUGCCCGAGGAUGUCGUCAAGCAAGCUGCCACGCAGUUUGGCCCUGUCAAGGAGUUUUUUAAGGUCAACAGGCACCACGAAAAGGCCUAUGAAUACGCUCCGUGCUUCGGGUUCUUAACAUUUGAACACGAAGAUUCCGUUGCCCGUGCCCUAGAUGCAGGGUGGAUGUUCGUUGGUGAUACUCGAUUGAGUCUCAACGCUCGUCGCCCAAGAGAGCAUCGAAACCAAGGGCCACCCCGCACUAGUGGUGACUUUCGUGCUGGUAUUCCAAAUGGCCCUGGAGCUCUCCCAGAUCGUCCUCCAUCUGUUCGCGGUCAGGCUCAGGGACCAAUGCACAAUAGAAAGCAAUCGAACGGUUCUCAGUUCGAGAACAAAGGUCCUUUCCCUGGCCCCAAUCGAGGUACUCGUGCGUCGAGUUCAACUUGCACAAUCUACGGUCUUCCGGAAACCUUCCAAGUCCAGGACUUGAUGGAGCGUGGAAGUUCCUUUGGACGCGUUAUCAAUGCUCAUAUCUUUGAGUAUAAGGAUCGUGACGGUCGUCGUUUUGGGACCAUCAAUUUUGACUCUUCUAGUGUUGCUGAAGAGUUUCACAACAAGGAAAACGGUCAAGUCUGGAACGGGUGUGCCGUCAAGAUUACCUUUGAGCCAUUCAACGUGGCUCGUCGCAAUAACGCUCCACCGUUCCGCCCAACAAAUCCUGGCCCUCAAAACUUCCAUCGUCAUGAGCAGCGCCCUUUCGAAGGGCCCAAACGUUUCCCUAAUGGAAACAGAGGUGGCCGGUAUCCACCUAACAAUGGUAUGGGACGCUUUAACCAGCGUGGGCAAUUUCAGCAUCAUGGCAACGGCUAUCAGCCUCAGUUUCAAGGACAAAUCCACCAGAACUAUCCACCCGAGCAACAGUUCUAUGAUCCUCAAAUGAUGGCUUAUCCUCAGCCAUUCCAACCACAAUACCCUCAAGCUGUGAAUCAUCAUAUGGUUGGUCAGGCUCAUUAUGGCUCUGGGGUUGUAUCUCCACCCUUGCCAUACGGGCAACAAAUGCCUGCUCAUGGAAUCCAAGGGCAAUAUCAUUCGCCCCCACUUGUUAACCAAGCUGGGAUGCAUCCCAUGCACGGAGGCCACAUCUCCUACCCUGGUGGCCAUGAAUAUCCUCAUCGCUUCGAUGCACAAAGGAACAUCAUUGUGGGCGACUCCCCAAAUAGUAAGCAUAGUUCAGCUUCUAAUGACACCGCGAGUGUUUUCAAAAUUUCGGGCGAAACUUCCAUGACAAUUCCUACUAGCCACUCCGAUAUCCAUGGAAGGCCCCUCAUCAUCUCAUCUGGCCACUAUCGCCAGGCCGGAUACCAAUAUGCGGGCCAUAUCUCUGAGAAUGUUCAUCCGUUGAACAUUCAUCAUGCGCACCAGGCCCAACACUUCCAAGCUGUCGGGAUAGCCCCAGCUGAACCACCCACGUUGCCCGUGACGGUACCAGAGACUAAGAAUCCCGAGGAUCCGUCGAACAUCUUCAUCAAAAACAUCGAUGAUGAUGUUAUCUCCAAACCAGAGCAUCUCGAGGAGUACUGCAAAAAGUUCGGCGAGGUUGUCUCUAUUUCUUUGCCAGCCUACUCCAACGGUCUUAUUAAAGGAUUCGGGUUUGUGAAGUUUACGACACCAGAAGCCGCCUUGAAGGCGAAGGAGGAGCUUAAUCUCCAAAUUGUUGGCCGUAAGCGCCUUUUUGUGUCCUUCGCAGAGACUAGUGACCACCGUCAUUCUCGUCUCGCAAAGUUUUACGACCAAGGGAGCACUGAGCAAAGCGAAAAAUCCCCACCAGAUCCACUCAUACAGAAGAUGAGUGACAGAGCCAAAACCCCAGAAAAGGCGGUUCAACGUGAAGAAAGAAUAAACGAUAAGCCAUCCGUGCCUCAGACAGACGGCGACGCUACGAUCGACACCCCGGUUGAAAAGUCGGCGGAUGGAAAUGUCAAGCAACCCGAGGCUGCAAAGGACGCACCUGCUUUGGAGAGGGUUGAGAAUCAUUCGGUCGAGACUGUUAUUCCCCUUGAAAAAACUGCAGAAGUUCAAUCCCUAAAGCAAUCGCCUCUUGAAGUUACUGCUAUAACUUCCCAGAAAGAAAAGGAUAAGGUUGAGGACGCAAAGAAGGCCGAUCCAGAAGAAGUAAGCAGCGCUACCAUUGACCCCAAUGAGCUCCGAGAAAUUCUGGAGGCGGAAAUGAAUGGAUCAAGAGGCAAGUCUAUUGGCCGAAGACUCACCCCAGAAGAAGCCAUGAAACUUGACCCCGCCAUCGUCUCUGUCGAGAGGCCAGAGAAUGCCGUCACUUCAAAUGGCUCCCCAACUGCUCCAACUGCGACUAUUCAACUUAAGGAGACGAAGGAUGACCGACUAAAGCUUGUUUUGAAAGGUCUGCAGACAAGUGAUUCUAACGGCGCCGAUUCCAACAAUACUGUACAGCGUGGUCCUCCAGACUGUCGUCAGUCUCCGAUCCCUGCGCGUAGGCGAUUGAGUGAUAGCGAGAGAAAAGUAAUUGGCGACGGUAUCCUUGAAGCCCUCAAGGCCAAUGAAAAAAAAUCAGACGACGAAAAAGAAGGUCUCGCUCGAUCAGACACCCGGAACUCGACUAGUUCUUCGGGCUCUCGUGUCAGCCAGGAGGAAUUCUCUGAGGCUCUGAAGGAGAAGUUUGGCCCAAAAAUCCCUUCGACUAUCCGAGCUACAGAAGUUAUGGAAGCCGUUGAUAAGUAUGUCGAGUCUCGCAAUAGCACUCGCGAGCCAUCCCCGACAACCAAGAACGAGGAAACUGCAACAAAACAGGGCGAUCAAAACACCGAGGCUGAAGCGAGCAAUAUUGUUGCUCCUGCACCGUCACGAAAGGUAUCAAUUAUAGAUAUCACACCCUCUGAUAUGAAUGAAAACAAGCCAGCAUUAGCUGAGGAUCAAAAGACUCAGGCUGAAGAGAGCAAAGAAAUCACGACAAUAUCCGAGGAGCCUCAAGAUCUGCAAGAAGCUAUUCCCAAGGAUGAGGCCAAAGAAGAAGCUAAAGAAGCUUCCCACCCAGCUCAAGUGCAGCCGCCUCAUUUGGCUGAUACUUCUGUGGAAACUCCCAAUGAUGUCCCAAAAGUUACGCCGACUGAUAUCUCAGCCCCAACUCAUGCAGAGGUACUCACUAUCUCAAUGUGCCCGCCCCUCGAGGCCAUACAAAAUACACCAAUCAACACAGUCCAGAGCAUUCCAGUUCUGGAUACUGAUGACCAAAGUGCUUACUAUGGCGACAAUGCGAGCAGUCGACGAAGUGGGCCGAGCCAGCAGUCAAAGAAUCCUUAUAGCGGCCCCCCUAAGCAUCCCCGCAACUACGCUGGAAACCAGGGCAUUGCUGACCCAGCCCAGCGACAGGGUCAUAGCAGUGGAGGGAUGACUUCCCCACCUCACUCAAAAUAUCCCCGUGGCGCAGAACACGCCCAAGGAUUCCACGGCCACUACAAUGAGCAAUACAACCCACAGGUUGUUCCAAAUUUUAGUUCCCAUUCACCACCAGGGCUGCACCCUCCCACGAUGAUCUGUGAAGACCCAUGUCCACAACCACAGUGUCAACCAGGUUUUGCACCGUUCGCCCCAAUCCCUGAUAUGUCCCAUCUAUUUCAGGGUCACAUCAGUACGCGUAUGCAACAAAUGGGACAGAUGCCCUUUUACGACCCAGCAAUGUAUAACGGCCAAUACGGGUACCCUGGGGAUAACAACGGGUACCCUCCUCAGUUUUUUGGAGGUGGCCCAACUGGCAUGUAUCCUCACCCACCUCAAUGGGCUAACACCGGUAACAACGGCCCGAGCAUGGGCCCCCAUCCGCAAGGAGGAUUUAUGUAUCCCCCACCACACCGUUAUUCGCCCCCGCAAGGGCAUCACCACCAACCCGCUUCGCCUCCCCGUUUAAACCACAUGGACCAGUCUCAUCCAAAUCGCGGGUUCCAGGAAUAUGCCCAACACCCGCAGAUGCAGCAACAAUUCGGAGGGCCAAUGUUUCAAGAUCAAGGGAUGCAAGGUGGUCCACUACCACCACAGUUCCACGCGCAGGGACAAUUUCGCCCACCACAUGGGGGCGUUCCUUCUUUUUAG